UUCGGCCGCAGUUCCAGUGUUCAGUCGAGCUUGCGGCGUGAAAGCGAUCUUUCGGUUACUGGCAGCUUCGGCCGGACAGGAAGCAUUAUUAACGGUAGUCAUUUAGGGGUUCGUAGGAUCAGUGGUGAUCCCAGUACUCUCUACAGCACUUCUAACGCCGUUGUGACUUCUGGAAUCAUCCCAUUUUGUCUAUCUACUACCGAAACGGUAUUUCCGCGUUAUCGAGCUGACACCGAUGAAGUCUUGGAUCCCGAAUUUGAAUCUUCUCUUAAACCCUCUCCUGCGUACGAAUCUGGUCCAUCAGAUCUAGUGGAAGAAGACGAAGAAGAAGCAGGUGAUGAUGAAGGGGGGUUUGAAAAUGCGAAAGAAGCGUUACCGGAAGAGCCCUUAAAAGAGUCGGUUCUAGACGACACUAAGCAGUUCAAAGCAUCAUACGACCUCUGUGACAUAGCAGAAAAAGAUAGUUUGACUCUUCAGAACUCGACUAGUCGGGCAAUCAUAUGUUCCCAGUCCACACCUGUUAUCAUAAAAGAGGCGGGGUCCAAGGGCAUUCCCUGCCGAAAACCGUUCAGGUUUUGCCACAGUUCAAGCGUACAAUCAGAAUACAACUGUGACCAAGAGAAAGAUAAGACCUUGAGCGGGGAGCUUGUUGCCGCUCAUGACUCUGCCAAGCAGCACUUCGAUUCUGAAACCAUGCCUAGUUCCUCUGACCGAAACCCACUUCUCCCAGUUGGAACUAGUUGCUUGAUGGAUUCACCAGACCAAAAUAAUGAUAAAGACGAGAUUAUAAACUCAAAGGCUGCAGAGGUGUCCCGAAAAACCGUAGGAACUAACCUGCAGUAUGAAAUGGAACCUGGCCGAGACUCUCGUUUGUAUCCCAAACUCUGUUCUAAAAAAAAAGAUCCCGAGUUAGUUGACUUGGAUCGUUUUUGCGACAAUUUGCUUCCAUCUACCAGCUGGAACAAAAACUGGGCCUUCCCUCCAUAUUUGCCUUGUCUCGAAGCCUCGGCCCUUCUGCAAAAGCAGGCUAACACUUGGGCGGAGCUUGCAGUUAAAGAGGUGAUCUAUGCUGAUUUGGUCCUGGUUGUAUCAUUUACUUUUCUUAUUGCAUUUCUGAAUUUAGUUCAGUGA